AUGAAAGAGUUGAACUUCAACAUGUCUUGGGAAAACAGUUUUAAUUACAGCAACAUGAACCUCAACGUCAGCAACACUCAUUAUAACCAUAGUGAUUCCAUCGACAUGUUUUUGGCUGAAGAAAUCAUACAAUGGGUGGAUUGGAUCACCAUUGGCAUUGGUCUUCCUUUAAUUCUUAUAGUGAUGAUUGCAUUGUUUUUCCAGGUGAAAAAGGACCAAGGUGCUCCAGUCUAUGUCAUCAACCUUCUCAUCUCUGAUCUCAUUCAGCUCUUCUGCAGAUUUCUAUUUAUGCAAAUUAGUCAUAAUCUAUUUUCACAAAUCCCCCUUUUCAUCACAUGUUAUUGUCUAAUUGUUAGUGUUGGAUUCAUGAUGUGUGUCUCUUUUGAAAGGUAUCUGGUCAUCGUCAAGCCACUGUGGUACAGAUUCAGGAGAAACAUCAAGACAUAUGUGGUGGUCUGCAUUGUGAUGUGGUUACUUCCACUUUUCUUUCUGCUAUUUCUUUUUCUGACUUAUAAUCCUGUCAUCAUCUUCAUAGUUUUUUUCCUCCUGCCCAUUCCCUUGUUCAUCUUCUUCCUGGUUGGGACUAUCAAAGCUCUCUCUGGAGCGGUCAGUGUCCCAGCAGAUGAAAAACGACGAAUCGCAGCCAUUCAGGUUGUGGUGCUGAUUAUGUACACUCUGCUUUAUCUGCCCCUCAUUUUGCUUCUGGGUUUCAUUAUGAAAUCAAAUUCUCAAUUCAACAUUACUCUCUAUACAGUGGCUAUAGUUUGUAUUUGUCUUAGUCCUCUUGCUGACACAACUUUGUAUUUGUUCAUACGGAAAAGCAUCAUGGAUAAGUUUCUGGCUUCAAUCUGUUCUUGUAAAAUAUCUAACCAUCAGGAGACGAGCAGCACAGAUUAUGAAAGCAGGUCUGCAACACAUACUGAGACUGUUUAG